GUCUGAAGCUUCUAUCAGCAAAAGUAUACCAUCGAGCACGGUCAGGGCUGGUGCAGCCUCGAAGCCCUCAAGGCCCGACAACCACAGCAGAAGGAUAAGGAUCGAGCGGCGUUGUGUUCCCAAAUCCAUUCUCCCGCACGCUUCCCAAUCGCUCCAACCAAACUCUCUCUCCUUAUAUCAUCAGUCUCGCGUCACCAUCGCCUUCUUGCCUCGCUUCCUCUCCCUCUAUCUUGGUUCGUUCGAGAUUGGGCCUCAAAGAAUGGAGCGCAGCGCCGAGGCUUUCCGACGCAUUGCGAGGAUCUCUUCUCACCUCCAGCCUUCUGGUUCCCGGAUGGAAGACAUCUCCUUGCUGGGGCGUGAGGAUUGCCGUUCUAAGGGAGGGGCAUCUGGAUUUAAGGUGGCUUUAUUGGGUGCUUCCGGUGGGAUAGGUCAGCCUCUUGCAUUGCUGAUGAAGAUGAAUCCUCUGGUGUCGGUCCUGCAUCUCUAUGAUGUUGUCAACACACCUGGUGUCACUGCAGACAUCAGUCAUAUGGACACCGGCGCUGUGGUACGUGGCUUUUUGGGUCAACCCCAACUGGAAAGCGCACUUACAGGAAUGGACCUUGUCAUCAUUCCGGCUGGUGUCCCCAGAAAACCAGGAAUGACGAGGGAUGAUUUGUUUAACAUCAAUGCAGGAAUUGUUCGGACACUUUGUGAAGGAAUUUCUAAAUGCUGCCCUAAUGCAAUUGUGAAUUUGAUCAGCAAUCCGGUAAAUUCUACUGUUCCUAUUGCAGCAGAGGUUUUUAAGCAAGCUGGAACCUAUGAUCCCAAGCGUCUUUUGGGUGUGACAACUCUUGAUGUAGUGAGAGCCAAUACAUUUGUGGCAGAAGUACUGGGAAUCGACCCCAGGGAGGUUAAUGUUCCUGUGGUUGGUGGCCAUGCAGGAGUUACAAUAUUACCUCUCCUGUCCCAGGUUAAUCCUUCAUGUUCAUUCACCACAGAAGAAAUUAGCUAUCUGACUGAUCGCAUUCAGAAUGGGGGAACAGAAGUAGUUGAGGCAAAAGCUGGAGCAGGCUCUGCAACCUUGUCAAUGGCAUAUGCUGCUGCUAAAUUUGCUGAUGCUUGCUUGCGUGGAAUGCGAGGUGAUGCUGGUAUUGUGGAAUGCUCAUUUGUUGCUUCUCAGGUAACAGAGUUACCCUUCUUUGCAACGAAAGUGAGGUUAGGUCGUAGUGGAGUUGAGGAGAUCAUCCCUCUUGGGCCAUUAAACGAGUUCGAAAGGGCUGGCUUGGAGAAGGCAAAGAAAGAGUUGGCCGGGAGCAUCCAAAAGGGUGUCUCUUUCAUUAGGAAGUGAUAAAAUGCUUGAAAUAGAUCCUAACAGUCAAUUGUACCAAGAAAAAUCCUGUAAGUUAUAUAUACCUGCAUGUCCGCAGUGGAGAAAUAACUUUUCUUCUAGUGUCAUAAUGCUGCUGCUACAUCUCUGAGGAAUUAUAGUGCAAAUAAUUACUUAUAAGACCACAUGGAAUUCAAAAUAGAUUACAUUUGGCAGAGAGAAAUACGUUUGCUA